GGAGCAGAGACAAUUUUAACUUAGCCAUUCCUAAUUUAUCUCAAGCGUUUUCAAUUCAUCUUCACUGCUCUGUGCACACAGGAACGCCAGAUUGCCAUCCCUGGGGAACAGACUGCAACCAGGGAUCUAGAGAGCUGUCACAUUCCAAGAAAUAUUUAAAUUGUGCUGAUUUUCUUCUGGAGAACUGAGCCCAGGGAAUGAAACUCUCCAUCAAGUCAGAGCCGUGCGGGCAAUAGAUCAGAGGAUAUUGCCAGGAUUCUAAUGGAUUCUUGUGAUCCGGCAGGUUUGCUCUGAAGAAAGUCCCUGAUUGCUUACCAGAUCCUUGGUGAAUAUCCAGAGGGACUGGAGAUCUGCCAGAUCAGUUGUGUGCACAAAGCCGCUUUGGAUCUGUCUUUUCAAAAGAGAGCUGCAGAAAACGCCACAGCAAGGUUGCAGCUUUAGUCCACCCUGACUCACCCAGAAAGCACAAACCAGAAUUUGCAUGAGAAGAACUAUCCUACAGAACCUGAAAAAUUCACAUCAGGAAUGAUAUGAAGGGAGAAGAAUACAUGAUUUAAGAUUCAGAUGAGCAUAGAUUUUUGGAAAAGGGUCUCAACCAUUUCUGUACAAGGCAGACUAUGACAACUUUCUUCAGAAGAGGAUGUUUAAAUUUUAUCAAAUGAAACAUAUUUUUCAAAUAUUGGAUAAAAUGAGAUGCUUGAGAAAACGUUCUACAGUAUCAUUUUUGGGAGUUCUUGUCAUUUUUCUCCUCUUUAUGAACUUGUACAUUGAAGACAGCUAUGUUCUGGAAGGUGACAAGCAACUGAUACGGGAAACCUCCACACAUCAACUUAAUUCGGAACGCUAUGUUCAUACCUUCAAGGAUUUGUCUAAUUUCUCAGGCACUAUAAAUGUCACUUACCGGUAUCUAGCAGCCACGCCUUUACAAAGAAAGCGGUAUCUUACAAUUGGACUUUCAUCAGUGAAAAGGAAAAAAGGAAACUAUUUACUCGAGACAAUCAAGUCAAUUUUUGAGCAAUCCAGCUAUGAAGAACUAAAGGAAAUUUCAGUGGUGGUUCACCUAGCAGACUUUAAUUCAUCCUGGCGAGAGCUCAUGGUCCAGGACAUCACACAGAAAUUUGCCCAUCAUAUUAUUGCAGGAAGAUUAAUGGUUAUACAUGCUCCAGAAGAAUAUUAUCCAGUCCUGGAUGGUCUUAAAAGAAAUUACAAUGAUCCAGAAGAUAGAGUCAGAUUCCGUUCCAAGCAAAAUGUAGAUUAUGCUUUUCUGCUUAAUUUUUGUGCCAAUACAUCAGACUAUUAUGUAAUGCUGGAAGAUGAUGUCCGGUGUUCCAAAAAUUUCUUAACUGCCAUCAAGAAGGUCAUUGCAUCCUUAGAAGGAACGUACUGGGUAACUCUUGAAUUUUCUAAGCUUGGCUACAUAGGAAAACUCUAUCAUUCUCAUGAUCUCCCACGACUAGCACAUUUUUUAUUGAUGUUUUAUCAAGAAAUGCCUUGUGAUUGGCUAUUGACUCAUUUUCGGGGUCUACUGGCUCAGAAAAAUGUGAUACGAUUUAAACCAUCUCUCUUUCAGCACAUGGGAUAUUAUUCAUCUUAUAAAGGAACUGAGAACAAGCUGAAGGAUGAUGAUUUUGAAGAGGAGUCAUUUGACAUCCCUGAUAACCCCCCAGCAAGCCUGUACACCAAUAUGAAUGUGUUUGAAAACUAUGAAGCAAGCAAGGCUUAUAGUAGUGUUGAUGAGUAUUUCUGGGGGAAACCACCUUCAAUUGGAGAUACAUUUGUUAUUGUAUUUGAAAAUCCAAUCACAAUAAAAAAAAUUAAAGUGAGUACUGGGACAGAAGAUCGACAGAAUGACAUUUUGCACCAUGGAGCCCUAGAUGUUGGGGAAAAAGUUAUCUUGAGCAAACAAAUAAGACAAUGUGAUACAUACUUAAGACUAGGGGAAUUUAGAAAUGGAAACUUUGAAAUGUCAGAUGUAAAUCAAAAGAUUCCAUUUGACAUCCACUGCAUGAGGAUAUGUGUUACAAAAACACAAAAGGAAUGGCUGAUUAUUAGGAGUAUCAGCAUAUGGACUUCUUAAUCAAUGACACCAGUAUGUUUAGUGUCUGAAGCAGGUCUUCCUGCUUCCAUAUGUGGCUAUCUUCUUUUGCCACUAUUGUCUUCUGGAGGGAAAGCAAUGGAUGUGAUGUGUUAUAAGAUAAUCAUCUUGGCAGUUUUGACUUGAGAUCUUUGAUGCAGUUUUACUCUAAA